UGCUCGCCUUCGACCCGAUCCCACCCUUUCCCUCGCCAUCGACCGUCCUCCGCUCGCUGUUCGUCGGGCCCGUCGAUUCAGCACCGUCGUCGGUAUCCCUGGUCUCCGUUUGCCCAGCUUCUUCCGCCUGGUGUCGUCUCCGCUGCUCGAUCCCACCCAACGCAGCGACCAUCGUCCCCGCUGCCCCAGCGACGUCAGCCCAAGCGUUCUCUUCUGCAGCCAGCCAACCAGCCAACCAGCCAACCAGCCAGCCAACCAACCAGCCAACCAGCCAACCAACACCAUGGCAGACUCGCAGAGCACCAUCCAUAUCGAAACCGACUCGUCCCGGGACCCUGGCCGCUCAAAGGGCUCCUCUCGCUUCUCGUUCUUUUGCUCCAAGGAGUGGAUUGUCAUAUGGAUCCUCGCCUCGAUAUCGCUGCUGACCUUUACCCUGCUGGUCGUAUUCAAGGACAAGGUUCUUCCGCCUCUGAUGCAGUUUUGCAACUCUUUAAGGGAUAUGGGCGUCGGCGGUGCUUGCAUCUUGAUGCUGCUCAUGUUCCUGGCCUGCUUCCCCCCUAUGGUUGGAUAUACCACACUUUUGUACAUGUCGGGCUUCACAUACGGAUUUGCCCUGGGCAUUGUCCCAGCACUCAUCGGCCCGCUGCUCGGGCAGCUGGCAUGCUUUGCCGUUGCCCGGAAAUGGCUGGGCAAGUACUAUGGCGAGCAGGUGCUGGUGCACUUUCCAAAUCUGCAAGCCAUCGAGGAUGCUCUCGAGUCCGGCGGUCUCUAUCUUGCCGUCAUGAUCCGCCUGGCCCCGUAUCCGAACGGGAUAGUCUCGGUGAUCUGCGCCGCCACCACAAUGCCAUUCAACCGGUAUGCGGUCGCAUCCUCCAUCGCCAUCUUCAAAAACAUCCUGUAUGUCUACAUCGGCUCGUCCAUUCGCAACCUAGCCGAGGCAACCUCGCCAACACCUGCCCACAUCGCUGCGGUUGCUGUCGGGUUUGUGAUUGGUAUUGGUGUCUUUGUCUAUAUGACCUGGAAGUUCCGAACGAUUGUCGCCCAGCGGCGGGCACUCAACGCAAACAACGACUCGAGCGAGCUGCUGGUUUCGCACGGCGAUGGAAGCUAUGCUUAGGCGGCGACAGAGCCCUCGUAUAGACUCCAAGACGAGGAUGGUCGUUUGUGAGACCGAUGGGACGACAAUUGCGUUUGUCCAGGCAAAUACACAUGUGCCAUCCACCGAUCUUCAUGUCGGUGCAGCCGAGAAUGCGGUCGCGGUGCGCAAGUCGACUAUCGCUCAUGGAAAUUGACCUGGUGUAUUGGCGACCAUGCUAUCGAAGCAAGCGAGAUGCUCCUCCGAUCCAUCUCGGGGAGCCUGUGUGCGUGGCUGGGUCGCUACUGGAUAGUCUUGGAGGCGAACUGAUCGGCCUUGGUUUUAUGGUCAAUCCAAUAAAAAAUGGGACACCCGUGUUUUUGAC